AGGGUUGGUCAGAGACUCAUACCGGCAAUAGACACCCGUCUCUCGCUCUCUCUCUCACACAUAAAGCCCAAAUCCAUAAAACUCCAAGCCAUGCCCAGGACCCACCGUUUCCCAAAACUCCACGGACUCUUGGAAAAAGCCUGCAAUCUCGCCGGAUUCGCCACCACAGCCGCUGUCACGACCGCAACCCUCACCCCGCCUAACCUCUCCGCCGCCGCUUCCACCAUGGACGACGUUCAGCCCCUGAAAACCCGUAUCUGUAUAAUCGGAAGCGGCCCUGCCGCCCACACUGCCGCAAUCUACGCCGCCCGAGCUGAACUGAAGCCCAUCCUCUUCGAAGGCUGGAUGGCGAACGACAUCGCUCCCGGCGGCCAGCUCACUACCACUUCCGAAGUCGAAAACUUCCCCGGUUUCCCCUCCGGCAUCUCCGGCAUCGAUCUCACGGACAGCUUCCGAGCCCAAACAGUUCGCUUCGGCACCCAAAUCUUCACCGAAACGGUGAACAAAGUAAAUUUCACUUCGACCCCUUUCAAAAUAUCUACCGAUUCCACCACCGUAUUCGCCGAUUCCGUCAUCGUUGCCACCGGUGCUGUUGCCAAGAAAUUGAUUUUCCCCGGCUCCGAAAAGUAUUGGAACAAAGGAAUUUCAGCUUGUGCAGUUUGUGACGGGGCGGCGCCGAUUUUUCGGAACAAGCCACUGGCGGUGAUCGGUGGUGGUGAUUCGGCAAUGGAGGAAGCAACAUUUUUAACCAAAUACGGGUCGAAAGUGUAUAUAAUUCAUAGAAGGGAUGAGUUUAAGGCUUCGAAGAUAAUGCAGAAUAGGGCGUUGAGCAACGAGAAAAUUGAGGUUUUGUGGAAUUCGGUGGUGGUGGAGGCAUAUGGGGAGGGAGAGAAGAGGGUACUGGGUGAGUUAAAGGUGAAGAAUGUGGUGACUGGGGAGGUAUCUGAUUUGAAGGUGUCGGGGUUGUUUUUUGCGAUAGGGCAUGAGCCGGCAACCAAGUUUUUGGAUGGGCAGUUGGAGUUGGAUGCUGAUGGCUAUGUGGUGACGAAGCCUGGUACCACACAGACUAGUGUGAAGGGCAUUUUUGCCGCUGGUGAUGUUCAGGAUAAGAAGUAUAGGCAGGCUGUUACUGCUGCAGGCACUGGGUGCAUGGCAGCCUUGGAUGCAGAACAUUACCUGCAAGAGAUUGGAUCCCAAGAGGGUAAGGGUGAUUGACUGCUUGAAAACAUGCCAGAGAUCUAAAAGCUACUUCAUUUGAUGUGGAAGUGAAACUACGUCUAUAUUGAAAAGAAUAGAACUUUGCUUUGAUUCCAAUCUUUAAUUCUUGAUGAUAUAUGAUUUAGCAGCAAUGGAAAUUGUUUGUUUCUCACAUUUCCAUCAUUGUUAGUCAUUGUGCUGUUAAAACUUACAAUAUAUUGUUAGAUACAAUGAUAGACGACAAACACUCAUUUUUAUCUUCUUUGUUUGCUGUUUGUUCCUCAAUUAAACUGUUGGAAGUUUCGAAGUAUGAUUUUUUUCUAUGCAUAGGUGUGUUGGCUUUGAGACAAACCAUCUUUCUCAGAUGUAAAGAGUCUUGAUCUGUGACACGCUUGUAUUCUCCUUUCACAUUUGGCAGGUCUGAGUUUGAUGGUUUAUUGAAU